UUUCUCCACAAAAGAUAGUAAAGUAAUAGAACAUGCAGAGUUGCCACCAGUAACAGACGAGGUUUCGGUAACAUUACGAUUAAAUAUCUUGAAUAAUAGUUCCAAUUGGGCUUGUAUUUUUAAUAAAGGCGGUGCACUCGAAGUUCGUACGCCAGCACUCAUACUGACGGCGAAUAAUUCAGCACCACAUGUUCGAUUUUCAAUGACUGGCAAGGGAAAUGCAGGAAUCGAUUCGGUUGGCAAUGGACUUUCACUAAACAAAUGGUAUCAUUUAGCUUGCACGCUUUCUGAACCAAAAAAACGGUUAGAUUUCUACAUAGACGGAAAAUGGACCGGAUUCCAAAGUGUCCAACAAGUUCAGACGCAAAGAAUUAUAUUUAAUAAUGGACCGCUGUACAUCGGAAAAGAUCGUAAUGAUAACGGAUUCACCGGUUUAAUAAGUAAUUUUCGUUAUUACAACUGGCAUUUAUCUGCUAAAGAGGUGAAAGAAGAAUAUUUGGCACUUAUCAGCAAUUCUUAA